CUGAGCAAACAAGGAGCUACCCCAUGCCCUGCCACAGCACGGCUACGGUCACUGACACGGCCACGCAUGCCAUUACUAACCUCGUCACUAACGACUGCUUUGCUGGUCUGGUCCCUAACAUGGUGUGAGUGCCACUGGCUGGCCCCAAACGCUUGUAGGAGCUGUGCCACUGUGAGUCAAGGAGUGUUGGCCAUGCAGUGCACCAUGCACUGCUACUGCAGUGUCAUGACCAAGCCCUGGAGCCCAAAAUACUGGAGGGUUUAACUGCCCACCCCACCAGAGUCACUCCAGUCAGCAGGGAGCUGGCAUGUUCCACAGUGUAGCUGCCACAGAGAUUAGCCAGUGACACUUAAAACAUGCUGUGACGCCUGGCAGGGUGACGUGCAGAAAGGCAGAGCCCCUGCAGGGAGCUGCACUCGAGGAGGGGGCCUGGGCCAGGCUGGCAGAGCACUUCCCACCUUUGGGGUUGCUGUAGCUGAGGCUUAUCUCUGUGCUUUCCCUCAUUUUUUUGGCUGCCAUGAAGCCUGGAAGGGCACAGGUCCUUGUUCCCUGUGGCUGUUUCAUGCAGUAGCCUUCUGCCCCACUGGCAUGGAGUGAUGGUCCCAAGGGCUUUUCCCAGUCUCUCUGUGACUUUUCUCACAGCGGGGCCCUGUGGCGGAUUGAAACUUGUUUGUCUGACCCUCAGGUCAAGGACGAGGACAAAUCCUUAGCUGUGAAAAGACCUGGGAAGGAGGAUGGGGCUGUAAGUGUUGCAGGGCAUGCACAGGGUGGAGCUGUGUUGGGAACGGGGCCUGCCCUUGGUGGGGACAGAGUCCUUGCUUGGGGACAUCACAGAGGGUUAUGGGCUCAGUAUUCUCUGAGCCUACUCCUGUCUUAGUCCCUGGAGAGUGCUGGUGGCUGCUCCAGGGCAGCCUGUGGAGUGUGGCAGGUGUUUUUGGCAGGGAUGCCAGCCUGUUGGUGAUUGAUGCCCACCUUAGUGGCUACAGUGUUGACCCACCAAAGCUGUUGGCAGAGAAGUCUUGCAUCUUGCCCUGCACACUGCAGUGGGGCUGCCAGUGUCCUGAGCACUGAGUUGCACCCUUACACUGGCAGCCUGAGGGUUGAUGGGUCCCCGCAUGUUUGGCUGGGGGAGGUCACCUUCACUCCCUGCCCUAGGGUCUGGUGGGAGGCUGUAGGUUGUCUGGGGAGGGAGGCUGGGUGCUGUAUCCUUUGGUGCCAAGGUCUGGCUGGGAGCUGUGCUCCCACAGUAGGGCACAAAGCCCUGGGCAGCACCAUGUCCCACACAGUGGGUGCUUGUGGUAGCAAGCAGUGUGCCACCAGACCUCAACUCACACCAGUGUCAUUGUGGCUGCAGUCAGAGAGCCCAAAGGAUGUGGUGCCCGCAGCCCCGAAUCCUGAGCCUUCGAAGAGCCCCGAGCCACAGCCUGGGCGAGGGAAGAGCCCAGAACCAGUCCUGAAUGGGGCAGCUGUGAAUGGGCUGGAAGGCCCAGCCGCUGAGGUGCAGGGUGAUGAUGGCCAGGGGCUGUCCCGCCGCAAGGUGGUCCGGGUGGUGCGCAAGGUGGUCCGCAAAGUCCUGCCGGGGGAGGAUGCCAGCAGUGCUAAGGAGCCAGGGCAAGACACCAAGUCUCCCGAGCCAGUGCGAGAUGCCAAGUCUCCUGAGCCGGUGCCACCCCCCAGGAAGGAGGACAUGGGCCGUCCUGUCAUCCCAGCUCCCCCAGCUGCGCCACCUCCCCCUGCCAUGCCAGCAGCCCCUGCCAAGCCAGAGCCCAAGGAUGAGAUCUCAGCGGGGCUCAAAACCCUCAUGGCAAAGGGCAAAACCAAAGAGCGCCAUGCACGGCUCCGGCUGGGGGACAAGCGAGAGGAGAAGUCCCCUGAACCAACAGGGGGGGAUGCAAAGCCAUCCCCAUCCCCGGCUGCUGAAGCCAUGCUGGAGCCACUGGUGCAGCCUACGGGAGGGAAAGUGGAGCCAGCAAAGGCAUCCGCUGUGAAACCCACCGCCCUGGAGCGGCACAAGCUGGAACCCGCCGCCUCCACCUCAGCACCGAGCCAGGGUCAAGUGGAUGAUGCUCCCGCAGCCGCCUUUGGCCCUGUCCCUGCUGCAUCUCAGGCCAAGACAGAGGAGCAAAUAGCAGCUGAGGAGGCCUGGUAUGAAACUGAGAAGGUGUGGCUGGUGCACAGGGAUGGCUUCUCCUUGGGCAGCCAGCUGCGGCCAGAGGAAGGCAGCCUCCUGCCUGAAGGCAAGGUGAAGGUGAAGCUGGACCAUGAUGGAGCAGUUCUGGAGGUUGAAGAGGAUGAUGUGGAAAAGGCAAACCCACCCUCCUGCAACCGUGUGGAGGACCUCGCCAGCCUCCUCUACCUCAAUGAGUCCAGCGUGCUGCACACAUUGCGGCAGCGCUAUGGUGGCAACCUCCUGCACACCUACGCUGGCCCCACCAUGGUCAUCAUCAACCCGCUGAGCUCCCCCUCUAUGUACUCUGAGAAGGUCAUGCACAUGUUCAAAGGGUGCCGCAGGGAAGACACAUCCCCACACAUCUACGCGGUAGCCCAGGCCGCCUACCGCAGCAUGCUGAUGAGCCGCCAGGACCAGGCCAUCGUGCUGCUGGGUGCCAGCGGCAGCGGCAAAACCACCAACUGCCAGCACCUCGUCCAGUACCUCGCCACUAUUGCCGGCAGCACCGGCAAGGUCUUCUCUGCGGAGAAGUGGCAGGCUCUCCACACCAUCCUGGAGGCUUUUGGCAAUAGCAGCACCGGCAUGAACAGCAACGCCACUCGCUUCUCCCAGAUCAUCUCUCUGGACUUCGACCAGGCUGGGCAGGUGGCAUCUGCCUCCAUACAGACAUUGCUGCUGGAGAAGCUGCGUGUUGCCAAGCGUCCAGCCAACGAGGCCACCUUCAACAUCUUUUACUACCUGCUGUCCUGCUCUGAUAGUGCACUACGGACGGAGCUUCACUUCAACCACCUAGCAGAGAACAAUGUCUUCGGCAUCACGCCCGUCUCCAAGCCAGAAGAAAAGCAGAAGGCCACCCAGCAGUUCAACAAGCUCCAGGCUGCCAUGAAGGUGAUGGGCAUCUCUGGUGAUGAGCAAAAAGCCUUUUGGCUCAUCCUAGGGGCCAUCUAUCAUCUGGGCGCAGCUGGAGCCACAAAAGACGCCGACGAAGCUGGGAGGAAGCAGUUUGCACGCCAUGAGUGGGCUCAGAAAGCUGCGUACCUGCUAGGCUGCAGCCUGGAGGAGCUCUCCUCCUCCAUCUUCAAACACCAGCCCAAGGCCACCCUGCAGCGAUCCACCUCCUUUCGUCAGGGUCCUGAUGAGCCUCCGCUGGGUGACAGUGGCACAGGUACCAAGUUGACAGCGCUGGAGUGCCUGGAGGGCAUGGCAGCCGGCUUGUACUCUGAGCUCUUCACCCUCCUCAUCUCCCUCCUUAACAGGGCACUGAAGUCGAGCCAGCACUCUGUGUGCUCAGUGACAGUGGUGGACACCCCUGGGGCACAAAACCCUGAGCUGGCGGGGCAGAGCCGAGGUGCCACCUUCGAGGAGCUCUGCCACAACUACACCCAGGAGCGCCUGCAACUCCUCUUCCACCAACGCACCUUCGCCCGUGAGCUGGAGCGCUACAAGGAGGAGAACAUAGAGCUUGCCCUGGCUGACGCUGAGCCCAGCUCCUCUGGCUCUGUAGCUGCUGUAGACCAGUCUUCACACCAGGCACUGGUCCGGUCACUGGCCCGCACGGAUGAGGCACGGGGGCUGCUGUGGCUGCUGGAGGAGGAGGGACUGCAGCCAGGUGGCAACGAGGACACUUUGCUGGAACGGCUUUUCUCCUACUAUGGCCCCCAGGAAGAUGGCAAGAAAGGGCACAACCCACUGCUCCCCAGUGACAAGCCCCGACACUUCCUCCUGGGUCACAGCUCAGGGACCAACUGGGUCGAGUACGAUGCCACAGGCUGGCUCAAUCAUGUCAAGCACAACCCAGCCUCCCAAAACGCCUCUAUCUUGCUGCAGGAGUCACAGAAGAAGAUCAUUAGCAGCUUGUUUGCUGGUCGUGGUGGGUCAGCACUGGUGCUGUCAGGCUCGGUGGCAGGGCUGGAGGGAGGCUCCCAGCUAGCCCUGCGCCGGGCCACCAGCAUGCGCAAGACUUUCACCACUGGUGUAGCUGCCGUCAAGAAGAAGUCUCUCUGCAUACAGAUCAAGCUGCAAGUGGAUGCCCUCAUCGACAGCAUCAAGAAGUCCAAGCUCCACUUCGUGCACUGCUUCCUGCCCAAGGCAGCGGGGGCCAGCGGGGAUCCCCGGGCUGUGCUGUGCCGGCGGGUGAGCGGCAGCGAGCUGGAGCUGCCGGCAGCAGAGCACUGUGAGGCUGGGCUCAUGCAGCUGGAUGUGCCCCUCCUGCGUGCCCAGCUCCGCGGCUCCCGCCUGCUUGAUGCCCUCCGCAUGUACCGCCAAGGGUACCCUGACCACAUGGUGUUUGCGGAGUUUAGGCGGCGCUUUGACGUCUUGGCCCCACAUCUGACCAAGAAGCACGGGCGCAACUAUAUUGUGGUGGAUGAGAAGCGGGCAGUGGAGGAGCUCCUGGAGUCACUGGACCUGGAGAAGAGCAGCUACCACAUGGGCUUGAGCCGGGUGUUUUUCCGGGCCGGGUCUCUGGCCAGGCUGGAGGAGCAGCGUGACGCCCAGACCAGCAGGAACAUCACCCUUUUCCAGGCAGCAUGCAGGGGCUUCCUGGCACGGCAGCAGUUCAAGAAAAGGAAGAUCCAGGAUUUGGCCAUCCGGUGCGUGCAGAAGAACAUCAAGAAAAACAAAGGGGUGAAGGACUGGCCCUGGUGGAAACUCUUCACCACCGUGCGGCCCCUCAUCGAGGUGCAGCUCACUGAAGACCAGAUCCGCGGCAAAGACGAAGAGAUCCAGCAGCUGAAGAGCAAACUCGAGAAGGUGGAGAAGGAGCGUAACGAGCUCCGGCUCAACAGCGACCGCCUGGAGAGCAGGAUUGCAGAGCUGACAUCGGAGCUGACAGACGAGCGAAACACCGGCGAGUCGGCCUCCCAGCUGCUGGAUGCUGAAACAGCCGAGAGGCUGCGGGCUGAGAAGGAGAUGAAGGACCUGCAGGCCAAGUAUGAUGCCCUGAAGAAGCAGAUGGAAUCAAUGGAAAUGGAGGUGAUGGAAGCUCGGCUCAUUCGGGCGGCUGAGCUCAAUGGGGAAUUUGAUGACGACGAUUCUGGUGGUGAAUGGCGUCUGAAAUAUGAGCGGGCAGUGCGGGAGAUCGACUUCACCAAGAAGCGGCUGCAGCAGGAGCUGGAGGACAAGCUGGAGGUGGAGCAGCAGAGCAAGAGGCAGCUGGAGCGGAGGCUGACAGACCUGCAGGCAGACAGUGAGGAGAGCCAGCGGGUGCUGCAGCAGCUGAAGAAGAAGUGCCAGCGCCUGGCUGCCGAGCUGCAGGACACCAAGCUGCACCUUGAGGGCCAGCAAGGACGGAACCAUGACCUGGAGAAGAAGCAGCGGAGGUUCGACAGCGAGCUCUCACAGGCACAUGAGGAGGCACAGCGGGAGAGGCUGCAGCGGGAGAAGCUGAGCCGUGAGAAGGAUGUGCUGGUGGCUGAAGUCUUUGGCCUCAAGCAGCUACUGGAGGACAAGGACUCAGACAUAGCAGGGCUGACACAGAAGGCAGAAGCACUGGAGGCCGAGCUGCAGGACAUCUCCUCUCAGGAGUCAAAGGAUGAAGCCUCCCUGGCCAAGGUGAAGAAGCAGCUGAGGGACCUGGAAGCGAAGGUGAAAGACCAGGAAGAGGAACUGGAUGAGCAGGCUGGGACCAUCCAGAUGCUGGAGCAGGCCAAGCUGCGACUGGAGAUGGAGAUGGAACGGCUGAGGCAGACCCAUGCCAAGGAGGUGGAGAGCCGUGACGAGGAGGUGGAGGAGAUUCGGCAGUCGUGCCAGAAGAAGCUGAAGCAAAUGGAGGUGCAGCUGGAGGAGGAGUAUGAAGACAAGCAGAAGGUGCUGAGAGAGAAAAGGGAGCUGGAGAGCAAGUUGUCUGCUGUCAGUGAGCAGGCCAACCAGAGGGACGUUGAGACAGAGAAGCGUCUGCGCCGGGACCUGAAGAGGACAAAGGCUCUGUUGGCUGAUGCACAAAUAAUGCUGGACCACCUGAAGAACAACGCGCCAAGCAAGAGGGAGAUUGCCCAGCUCAAGAACCAGCUGGAGGAGUCAGAGUUCACCUGCGCAGCUGCCGUCAAAGCCCGCAAGUCAAUGGAGGUGGAGAUUGAAGACCUCCACCUGCAGAUCGAUGACCUCGCCAAGGCCAAGGCAGCACUGGAGGAGCAGCUGAGCCGGCUGCAGCGGGAGAAGAAUGAGGUGCAGAGUCGGCUGGAAGAGGAUCAGGAAGACAUGAAUGAGCUCAUGAAGAAGCACAAGGCAGCUGUGGCCCAGGCAUCCCGGGAUCUGGCACAGAUGAAUGACCUCCAGGCUCAACUGGAGGAGGUCAGCAAGGAGAAGCAGGAACUGCAGGAGAAGCUGCAAGGCCUGCAGAGCCAGCUGGAGUUUCUGGAGCAGUCCAUGGUAGACAAGUCGCUGGUGAGCCGGCAAGAGGCCAAGAUUCGUGAGCUGGAGAACAGGCUGGAGUUUGAGCGGACACAAGUCAAGCGCCUGGAGAGCCUGGCCACGCGGCUGAAGGAGAACAUGGAGAAGCUGACGGAGGAGCGGGAUCAGCGUGCAGCUGCUGAGAACCGAGAGAAGGAGCAGAACAAGCGGCUGCAGCGACAGCUCCGUGAUGUCAAGGAGGAGAUGGGCGAGCUGGCCAAGAAAGAGGCAGAGGCCAGCCGCAAGAAGCAUGAGCUGGAAAUGGACCUGGAGAGCCUGGAAGCCGCCAACCAGAGCCUGCAAUCAGACCUGAAGCUGGCCUUUAAGCGCAUAGGGGACCUGCAGGCAGCCAUUGAGGAUGAGAUGGAGAGUGACAGCAAUGAGGACCUCAUCAACAGUUUACAGGACAUGGUGGAAAAAUAUCAGAAAAGAAAGAGUAAACUUGAUGGUGACUCGGAUGUGGACUCGGAGCUGGAGGAGCGUGUGGAUGAGGUGAAGUCCUGGCUCUCCAAGAACAAAGGCUCCUCCAAAGCACUCUCAGAUGACGGCAGCCUGAAGGGCAGCAGCCCCCCAGGUUCCCGGCAUGCCUUCGCCUACGAUCGAUGGGAUGAGGAGCAGGACACCGGGGAAAGCACACGCCGCUCCUCCCGCAGCUCCCCCAGCGCCAGCGAGAUGGAGAGCCGGCCCGCAGAGACCCCCGCCUAGCCCCCCACUACCAUUUCCCAUCGCCCCAGAAACACGUCAGCUCCACGGGGGCCACCCCGGGCAGUCGGUAUUUCUUCUGCACGGAGGGGGGAGGACACACGCAGUUGCCCCCCCCCCAGCCCUGGCCAUGGUUGGGGGGAGCAGCCCGGCUGGCUCACUGGCUGCAGCCCCACCACUGCCCCCAGCCUCCCACCUCCUGUCUGUCCUCGGCGGCACAGACGGCACCUCCAGCACCCUGGAUUUAUUCCUCCGUGCCUGCUGGCUCUUUAUUUUGUAACUUAACCCCCCCUCCCCAGGCACCUCGCCGUCCUCUUAAGCCCCUUUUAGUUGAGCCAAAGAUGUCUUUUGCUGGCCGGACCUUGGGGAGCAGCUGCCCAGCAGCCGGGAAGGGAACAUGGGGAUGGGGUCCCACACAUCCCCCCAGGUUGCUGUCACACACAUAGCCCCCUCCUCAGCCCCCUACCCUUACCUGGUUGGUUUGCACUAGCCCAGCUGUGCGUCCCCCUCCAAACCCCUUUACGUUCAGUGUGAAAAUAAAUGUCAUUCUGGCUGGUGACACCAGAUGCUGCCUGCUCCAUGUGCCUGGGGGGAGUUGCCCCAUUUUGGGGGGGGGGGGGGGGGUUGUGUGGCAGCAGGGUCUGCAGGACAGUUCCAGCCCCAGCCAGGAUGUGAGGCUGCGUAAAGGGGCUAAACCUGGCCCCUUCCCUAAUCCCACUGCACCCACGGGUGAUGGGGAGGUGGGAGACAACCCUGGUGGGUGCCAGCACUGAAUGAUUUAUCAAUCUUCAUAAAUAUGCAGAUGAGCCUCGGGGACAGGAGCCCACUGCCUGCCGGCGUUAAUUAUUUAACGCGGAGGAGAUGAUGAUGUGCCUGCGUGGCACGUGGCCCAACCUCAGCUCUGGCACCCACCAGCCUAGACUGAGCGUUGCCCUCCGCCUUCCUCCCUGCUCCAGGGACCUCCCACGCCCCCGGAAACCCCCGCACUGCUGGCAGCCUGGCAAGCCAGGUGGUUUGAUCCCUCUUCCCACCAUCCCUUGGAAACAAAUGGGCCGAGCUGGGCGCUUGCUGCCAUAAAGCCACGCUGCGCUAAUGCGCUUUCAUUAAGUGGGAGCGAUCUAAUGAUAAUAAAAUGGCACAUUUAACAUUAAAACAUUUAA